AUGCCUUCAAAGUUGAUCCCGCUCAUAUUUCUGUCAUUUGUUUUUGUUUGUACAGCACUUGAUUUGGAGUCAUGGGCAGAGGCAGCAGAGAAUAUCAGAAUCGAUGAUAUUGCCCCUGAAAUAGCGAAAUCGAAGAAUUAUCCAUUCGAUCUGGAGAUAAAGCCAGUCGAUAAAAAACGUGCGCAGAAAGAAUUAACGAAGCGUAUACAGAAAAGCAUGCAGAAAACAAUGGAGAAGCUAGUCGAAGAUGGCAUUGAAACAUUUGCUAUUAAAGGCGCAGAAAUAAUUAGAUCGAAGCCAGAUCUGAUGAGAGUCCCACAACAUUAA